UCAAUCAAUUCUGUGGGAGGGCUGUUUCAGCGAUGUUGCAAAUCCUUUGUCGAGACAAGGUCCGGACUAACUGAGGCUCACGCUUUGUCAUGCGACAAUAGUGUUUGGCGUCGGUUGGGAAUGCGGAAGCCGCGGGGUAAAGGGAGUGGGAGUGCGGACUGAUAAGAUCGGUGCACCGGCCGCCUGGAUGUGGAGGGGCUGGGGCAAAAACGAAAAGCGAGCGAGGGCUGCAAGUCAAAACUGACAGGCCGGCACAAUGAAGGGAUUCGAAGUAAAGAAUCGGCGUAGUAGAGUCAAUCUGACCUGUAAAAGAGAGGUUGGAGAGAUGACGGCGCCCGAGUACACUUGCCCGCGAGAAGCUUCCCUGAACAGGUCCAGAACCCCGGGCGGCUUGGCGCGCUCCCCAUCGAUCGCAUCGCCAACACCAGCCAGCUGGCACAACCUGAGUCAACUCUAUUCGAGCCUCCAAGUCCAAGCCUGCUGGCCUGAUGAUCGGCAGCCUAGCCGUUUACUUCACGCUGUCUCUAGGGCUGAAAAAGGGAUAGUAAUGACGGUACUGAAUGCUUCUACAUAUUGUACAGAACGUCUUUCCAAAACAAACAAUUGGACUCAGAACGCCAUUCUUACACCCACAUUAUGUACAGGGAAUGGCAUUUACAAGACAGAAAACAGAAAAAAAAAUAUAAAAAAAACCUGUAAAACAAGCGCUUAAAGAACCCCGAUAUGGAUGAGCCAAAAGCAAGCGUCU